AUGGCAUCAUCACGUAUUCAGGCUACUGCACGUCAGAUAUCGAAGGCAUUUAAAAAGAAAAGCAGAUUUGAAAUUGGUAUUGCGUCUGAGCUACCUCAAGCUUAUAAGAAAUUUUGGCGUGAAUGGAAAGUCCUCAAGCCUGCUGCGGUGCAUUUCAUUCCGCAGGAGAGCAAGUGGAAACGCGACGAGUUGACUGGUGAAACAUUACCCGUACAAAAUAUACCUAUUCCUUUGAAACAUCCUGCCGAAAUUCACGAGGGUAUAUGGGGUGGUGAAGCUGUGAUUAAAGGUUUUCAAAAGCGUGAUCCAAGAAGGCGCAGAGUACCUCACUAUUGGGUGCCUGUGCUGAAGCGUACUGUUGUGCGAUCAGAAGUUCUGAACACCCAUCUAUCUGUCACAGUAACAGAUAGAACUAUUAACUUAAUCAAUGACCAUUAUGGUUUCGAUCACUAUUUGCUUAAGACUCCUGCCUGUGACCUUGUAUCAAUGCUUGCAUUGAAACUGAAGAAACAAAUUCUAAUAGAAUUAAUGAAUGGAUGUCCAAGAUAUUCACAUAAUCCAAAGAAACAAAAGGAAAUUUAUGAUGAGUAUAAAACCUAUUUAUCUUCAUAUACACCUGAAGAAAUAGAAUGGUAUGGAUUAACUUGGUACGAAGCUCUAUCGAAAGUUGCCAAACUAAAGGAAGCUGAAAACAAACCAGUACCUUUAAAAAAUAUAUAUCGAAAAAAUUUAGUGGAGAAAUUAAAAGCAGCAGAAACAGAAGAUAAGAGUAAUGCUGCUGAUGAAAUAUCGGCCACCACUUCUUGGUUAUCUAAAAUGAAUCCUUUCGGCAAAAAGGACGAAGCUUAG